AUGAGGCUCCUCAACACCCUCUCGCUGACUUCCCUGGCCAUCGUCGCAGCCGCCCUUCCCAAGCCUUGCCACCACGCCAUGAGCCACUUCCACCUGACCCCCGGCGCCUGGCACGGCCCUUGGGCCUUUGACCUGGUCCGCGCCGAGCUCGAGGCCCAGGGCUACACCACCUCGGCUUCGACCAACCCCUCGGUCGGCACCACGGACCCCAACGAGGCCUUUUACGCCGACGUCGCCAACCUGCGCGCCGACGUCGGGCGUCUCGUCGACGCCGGCAAGGAGGUCGUCCUGGUCGGCCACUCGUACGGCGGCGCCAUCAUCGGCAGCGCCGUCGAGGGCCUCGGCGCCCACCAGCGCAAGGCCACCGGCAAGAAGGGCGGCAUCGUCUCCCAGAUCUGGAUGACCGCCUUUGUCCUCGACGUCGGCGGCAGCCUGGGCGCCGGCGUCGGCCCCACUCUCCCCGAGUGGUGGAGCCUUUCUGCUGACAAGCAGUUCUUUUCCCCUCUGACUCCCGAGAAGAUCUUUUACAACGACGUUACCGACGAGGCGCUUGUGGCCAAGGCGUCCGCGUCCCUACACUCCGAGCCGUGGAAGAUCACGACCGAGACGGCCACCUACGCGCCCUGGAAGCACGGCUUCAACGUCGGCUACAUCUUCUGCGAGCUUGACAACGCCAUCCCCCUCGCCGUGCAGCAGGGCAUGGCCGCGCAGUUCCCCGCCGGCUCCUUUACCGCCACCAUGAACGCGAGCCACUCGCCCUUUAUGAGCAAGCCCAAGGAACUGGCCGACCACCUCGUCGCCGCCCUAAAGCACGCCAAGGCGCAGUAG